AGACAACAACAAACUCUAGCAAUCUGUCGCUGUGCAUUCUGGGACUUACAGUUUGUGCCACAUGACCGUUUAGAACGACAACUUUGUACAGUCAGACCGUCAGACCGUCAGACCGAGCCGCAAAGCAAGUCAAGUAGCCGCAAGAACUGCUCUCUCUUCGCUUUCAGGAUGUUUUCCCGGGUCUCUCGUUCAAUAUGUGGAUAUCGUCCGGUGGACCUUAACCGCAGACUUUGGAAAUAAUUCCUAUUUGGGAAACUUUGGCGGCUCCAUAGCUAAUGAAGAAUAGCAAGUUAAGCGAACCGUGGCGAAGAUUAGCUAGCUAAGUAAGCUAACAACCAUAUUCAAUGAGAGGAAGAGAGGGCGCUUUUCUGCAGGUUUAUUUGAACUUAGAGACUACUUUAGCUCUUUAACCCUGCUCUAGCUAGGUCUCUCUUUGGCUUUAAAAAGCUACUAUGGAGUACUGCAGUGUGGAUCCCAAUAAGCAGCAUUUGUGUUGGGGGUUGAGAUCAGUGCUAUUAUCAGUUGUGGACCAUUGCUUUAGCCGUUCCUGACUAAGUACAUACUAUGAGGUAGCCAGGAUAGUUCUCAGAGGAGGUGUGUUAAGCUGUGAGCAUCGUUUUCAUUUGCAAAGGAUGUCUGAUUUUGAGAGUUCCAGUUCAUAUUUUGGUGUGGAGGAUCCGCAGUGGCUAUGCAUGGUCACACUUUUCUUCGCAUCCCUGGUUACUCUAAUAGUGUAUUUCGUACAGUAUUUCCAAAAGGGCCGUGUAUUAACUAGGCAGACAGCAGCAGGGGACAACGCGGCGAAGGAGGAAGCCGCGGCUCUGCUGCGGUGGGCGCUGUCACUAAAAAGCUGGAAAAGCCAGUGGAGAGGAGCAUGGUGCAGGGCUUUGAAUGAGCAGUCAAGGAAGCGUGGGAGUCCUGUUCUGUUGACAUUUGAAGAGGACGAUCUCGAGGCAUCUGAGCUCAUGGUCUGCCAAGUGUCCACCUUUCAGAAGUCUGCCAGAAACAAGGCCGCUUGCUGCAGUGUCGUUGGGGAGAAGCUUCAGUUCUCUCUCAGGGCAUCAUCAGCAGCCAUGGCUACAGCAGAUCCUUGUAAAUACACAGUCUGUAUAGCUCCACUGGAGCUGCAGCUUGACCUACAGAUGCAGGAAGCUGAGGAUGAGGUCAAGGUGAGCUGGGGAGUGUCUCACCUGGACAGGGGGGAGCUGCAGGUGACGCCCAUUUUUACCCAGGACAGUGGCAACACUUCCAGUGUAGCAGCCGUAAAGGAGCAGUUGAGGCGGCUGUUGUGUGCGACCCGUCCCUCUGUGUUGCUGAACUGCAGGCCUGCUCAGGCCUCUGAGGUCCAGGAAGCACGGAAGAACAUGGCUUCACCCCCGAAACCCCCCCGCGCCCACGACUGGAAGCUUCUGGUGAAGAACAUCCGGGUGACACUGAAUCGGGAGGAGGAUGCUGCAGGCAGCACGAAUCCUGUGUGUUUAAUGCAGUUAGACGAUCCUCCACAGAAGUUUAACACCUCUGUUUUAAAGAACACAACCAAUCCUGACUGGGACCAGCCAUUUAUCUUUGAAUUGAAUGGACGAUCAAAGGAGCUCAAUAUUCAGUUAAUGAAUGACGGCCAACCUCAAGAGGGUUCAUUACUUGGUCGGGUGUCAGUGCCUUUUGAUCUUGUAAAGAAGCAUCCCGAAGGACAGCAAACAUUUGCACUCAUGACCAAAGACUUAGUGACUGGAUCACUUACUACUGAUUUUACCUACCUGGAGCCCAGUGAGGUGAGGUCCUGGCACCCUCCGACCCCAGCCUCCAGUAAGAGGGUGGAGAUGGACCGUACAGUCAUGCCCUGUGGCACCGUGGUCACCACCAUCACCGCAGUGAAGAGCAAGCCGGGUCGACCACCCUCUCUUGGACUCAACAUAGAUCCUGCCCAGAAAGCGGUGGCCAACAAGCCCAAGCUGUCAGAGCGCCGUGUAUCAGAGCAGGCGUCUAUGCUGGGGGCCACAGUCAGCAAGGCGUUGUCCUCUUCUGAUACUGAGCUGCUGAUGCUCAAUGGCACGGACCCUGUGGCCGAGGCCGCCAUCAGACAACUCCACCAGUCUGCCAAGCAAAAGCUCAAGUCCCCAGUGAAGAAGAGUACCAUCAUCAUCUCCGGCAUUGCCAAAACGCCGUUGUCUCAUGAUGAUGAGCUAGCUCUAAUGGCGGACUAUGCUGCAGCAAUGGACGCCUCGAUGUCUGAGGGCAGCUCCACUCAGGAUGUGACUGCAGCACUUGCAACAGGUACCAGUAGCCCUCCAGACAUGUCUGAGCCCCAGGAAGGCCCCAGUGGAAUAGGCGGGCCUCCAGAGGACUGGGAGAGCCAAACCGGAGAGGAACUAGACCAUUCCUCGCUAUCCAUGUGUGUUUCUGAGGCAAGCUGCAAGAAGAGAAGAGGCAGCUUCCUUCAGAAGGGUGCCAAGCUCUUCUUCCGACGGCGGCACCAGCGCAAGGACCCGGGUAUGAGCCAGUCGCACAAUGACCUGGUGUACCUGGAGUCUCCGGCCGCAGUGGAGCGGGCCAGUCGAACGGCCACGCUUAGCCGCAUGCUCACCCGCAAGAGUAAGAAUAAGAGCAAAGCUAACGGCUCUACCUCCAUGGGGGAGCCAUAUGCGUGAUCCCCCCUCCCCUUUCUCACCUUAGUCCCUCCUACAACUUCCAUCACCACCUCAAACUUGCACUGGCAAACUGAAUGAAUACCUGACCUGCAUAUUUAGGGGCUCCUGCAUUGUAGCUAGGGAAGCUGUGCAGAUGGGGGAAAAAAUCAUCUUUUACUGCCGUUUUCUGCUUCCUAUAAGAAGAAGAUAUUUCACCAACAGCAAGUUGCACAGUGUGCGCAUGUGUGAAUGAAGGUCUAAUGACGGUUCCAAGAAUAAUAUUUUGCAUGUUCCUUUUUAUCUAAUUUUAUGCAACAUUUUUAAAUAUUUGAGUGCUUUUGUGGCCUUGUUACAGACAAAAGGGACUGGUGUGCCUCACUGACUGAUACCUCUUCCACACCAAUGACCGGGGAUGGACCAGGGUUUUCAGACCCGUGUUCAAUCCUUCUUUUGUCGGUUCAAACCAAGCCAGUCAACAGGGGUUUAUCCUUGUUCAUGACAGACAAUGCAUAC